GGACCUCACGGACUGGUCGGCCCGCCGGGUUGAUACCUGUAUUUUUAGUUCACUGAACUGGCGUCCUUGUGGCCUCUUUUGCUUCGCAUAGACGAUAGUCAGACACGAAAGCUGUUUGUUUUCCGAGCAGGGGAACAAUGGCUUCCACCAGCACCCAGUUCCAGGACGGAGCGUCUCUUCCUUCUGGGUCUAGUUCCCGGAAAUACGACGUCUUCUUGAGCUUCAGAGGUGAAGACACCCGCAACGGCUUCGUUGACCAUCUCUAUUCGGCUCUGCAUCAGAAGGGUAUUUUCACGUUCAAGGAUGACCUGAAGCUCGAGAGAGGUGAAUCCAUUUCUCCGAAGCUCCUGAAAGCCAUCGAACAGUCGAGGCUUACCGUCGUUAUUUUCUCCGAGAACUACGCUUCUUCCAAGUGGUGCUUGGAGGAACUCGUUCAGAUCCUCGAGUGCCAGAAGACGAGGGGACUCACUGUUUUGCCAGUCUUCUAUAAAGUAGAUCCCUCGGAUUUACGGAAACAAAGAGGAAGCGUUGGAGAAGCAUUCGCCAGACACGAGCGAGAUUCCAGCGAAGAGGAGGAGAAGCAGAAGGUGCAGAGAUGGAGGAAUGCUCUAAGGGAAGCAGCCAACAUUUCUGGGUGGGAUUCAGAAAAUGGCACAACCCACGGGCUUGAAGCAAAACUUGUCCGAGAAAUCGUCAAAGACAUUCUCAAUAAACUGGGAGAUAAGGAUUCAAGCAUUCUUGAUGAUGUUGUUGGAUUAGAUCCUCGUGUAGCAGAAGUGAAAUCACUGUUGGGUUUAGGAUUGGAUGAUUCACGUAUAGUGGGGAUAUGUGGAAUGGGUGGUAUAGGAAAGACUACUAUUGCCAAGGCUGUUUAUAACCAAAUUCGUUCUCAGUUUGAUGGUAGCAGCUACCUUGCAAAUGUCAGAGAAACUUCUAAGAAACAUGGUUUGGAGUCAUUGCAAGAAUUGCUUCUCUCUGACAUCCUCUUAGACGGUGAUAUAAAAAUAAAAAAUCCUGAUCGAGGGCUUAGUAUGAUAAUGAACAGGGUACAAUACAUGAGGGUUCUUGUAGUCCUUGAUGAUGUGGACCGGUUAAAUCAAUUGGAAGCUCUUGUUGGAAAGCUUGAUUGGUUUGGUUCAGGAAGCAGAAUUAUAAUAACGACCCGAGACACUCAUUUACUUGACAAUUAUGAAGUGGAUCAUGUGUAUAAAGUUAAAGAACUAAAUAAUGAGGAAGCUGUUAAGCUAUUUUGUUGUAAAGCAUUUAGGAAAAACCAACCAACAAAGGGUUAUGACAGGCUCACAAACAGUGUAGUUCGUUACGCUAAAGGAGUUCCAUUAGCUCUCCGAGUUUUGGGCUCUUUUCUCUUUCGCAGAAGCAUAAUUGAAUGGCAAAGUGCAGUUGAUAGAAUAAGGCAGCAGCCCAAUGCAGAAAUUCAGGAAGUGCUCAAAUUAAGCUAUGACGGACUGAGCAAUGAAGAGAAGGAAAUUUUUCUUGACAUUGCAUGCUUCUUUAAAGGGGAGAGCAAAGAUUACAUAAUAGAUAUACUGGAUGCUUGUGGCUUCUGCACUCGUAUUGGAAUACGUAUUCUUGUGGAUAAGUCGCUUAUAACAAUAUUGAACAACAAAAUAGAUAUGCAUGAUCUCAUACAAGAAAUGGGUUGGCAUAUUGUUAAUGAAGAAUCCCCAAAAGAGCCUGGUAGAAGAAGCAGAUUGUGGUAUCAUAGUGACAUCCACCAUGUUCUCGAAAAAAAUACAGGGACAGAAGCAAUUGAGGGCAUAAUUUUGGCUUCUUCUCAAACUAAAGAAAUGUCCUUGAGUCCUAGUACAUUCUCAAAAAUGAGCAAAUUACGACUCCUCAAGGUUCAUAAUAUUCAGCUUUCUCAUGGUCUUGACUACCUCUCAAAUGAGUUAAGCCUUCUUGAUUGGCAUGGAUACCCUUUAAAAUUAAUGCCAUCAAGUUUUCAACCGAAUAGGCUUGUUGAACUAAAAAUGCGUUAUAGUUGCCUGCAACAGCUAUGGAAGGAAACAAUGUCCCUAGAGAAGUUGAAAUACAUUGACCUCAGUUAUUCGUUAUACAUAACCAAGACCCCAGAUUUCACACAGGUGGUAAAUCUUGAGAAACUGAUUCUUGAAGGUUGUAUGAACCUGGUUGAGAUUGGCCCAUCCAUCGGAGCCAUCAAACAACUUGCUUUCUUAAAUUUAAAGGAUUGCAAAUCUCUUAAGGUUCUUCCUGCAAGCAGUUGGUUGAAAUCCCUUCAAAAUCUUGUUCUUUCCGGUUGCUCAAAACUCAAAAAUAUUUCUCAAGUCCUAGCAUGUACAAAAUGCUUAAUUGAGCUUUAUUUGGAUGGGACAUGUAUCAUGGAACUGCCAGUUGAACAUCUCAACAAUCUUGUCUGUCUUAGUCUACGGGACUGCAAAAAACUUACAAGUCUUCCAAGUGGCAUUUGUGGGUUGAAAUUUCUCAGAACAUUGAUUCUUUCUGGCUGCUCAAACCUUAACAAAUUGCCUCAGAAUUUGGGAGAACUGGAAAGCUUGGAGGAGCUUCGUGCUGAUUUGACUGCUAUUAAACAGACACCAUCAUCCAUUAUAUUCUUGAGGAACCUUAAAUUUUUGUCAUUUCGUGGAUGCAAGGGAGAAACAUCUACACUAUGGAAUUCUAUGUUUUCUACAUUUCUAUUUCCAAGAAAAUGUCAAGAUCCCAUUGGUUUGGUGCUACCUCCUUUAUCGGGUUUAUGCUCAUUGAAAGAACUAGAUCUUAGUGAUUGCAACAUUUCAGAAGGAUUUCUCCCAAAUGACCUAGGCUGUUUGUCCUCAUUGGAAGAUUUAAAGCUUAGUGGUAACAGUUUUAUGAGUUUUUCAGCAAGCAUCAGUGGUCUUUCCAGACUUAUUUCCCUUGAGUUGUUGGAUUGCAAAAAGCUUAAAACAUUGCCCGAGCUCCCAUCAAAUAUUGUUUACAUUAAUGCUAGUGGUUGCACAUCAUUGGAAAGAUUACCCAAUCUUACUACUGCUUGUCAAAAGCUUCAGGAGUUCACAUUGAGUAAUUGCCAUAUGCUAGCAAAGAAUCAGCCGAGCAACAACCACCUUGCCCUUGAACAUUUCCGAAGUCAGCUUGAGGGUUUUGCUACUUCAAGGUUUGAAGAAUUCACCGUUGUUGUUCCUGGAAGAGAGGUUCCUAGGUGCUUCAGCUAUCAAAAUAAUAUGGGAGAUACUAUCCGAAUCCCACUGAUGCCAGAUUGGUAUGUGAAGCUCAAGGGUUUUGUUGUAUGCGCUGUUUUUGAAGCAAAAGCUCCAACUCAUGCGAAAGGCCGUGUGGAUUACUUUUGGAUGUCCAAUGAUGUUACAGUCAUGUCCAUAUCCAAUGCAUUCGGCUUCUACUCCGGGGGUCGUCGAUACUUGGAUUCAGAUCACUUGUUCCUGCAGUACAUCCCGCUUCAAUCACUUCCCUCUGAAGAGUUGAAUGAUCAGUUCCAUGCUUGGACCGAAUUCAUCGCUUAUUUUAGCAGUAAUACCCCUAAAAUACUUGCACCAGUAAAAUGCGCUGCUUAUCUUUUAUAUGAGAAAGACAUGGAAUGGAUCGGUCCAAGAAGUAUCCAACAAGCCGACUCUGAGCCAUCUGUUGCGUCAACUGAAGUGAUGCAAGACGAUGCUGUGCCGAGAAAGAAGAGAUGCCGCGUGAGUGACUACAAUGAGGUGGACACCGGAGGAAGUGGUGGCUCCGACGAGCAACAGUACCAUAAACGACUGAGAGGGGCUGCUACCCAGAUGCCUCCGUAGCAGCAUUAGAUCAGUGCAAAUCAGACCCACCCUCCAUAAAAGCAAAGGAAAUGUCGUUCUUCUGAUGCUGUGCUUAGCUGCCCGGCAUGCUUUACCACUCUAUGUCUGGAGUGCCAAAGGGAUGAAAAAUGUUUGACCCGGUACAGAGCAGUUUUUGUCACCAACUGCAAGAUCAAAAGGUGAAGCAUCUGGGGUAAGGAAGAACCUAAAACGAAAGAGAGGCAUGAAAGGGAGAGGAUCUAGUCGCAAUGAGGCAGCUCCUGGAGAUGGUGAAACAUUCAAGCCAGUGUGUUGCGCUGUUCGUUCGACAGAGGUUGGAGUAUAAUCGACGAAGAAGAGGUCUACCAUUUCUUCGAUGUUCUUCCAAGCGGAUGCUGAUUUCUCCAGUUGAUGAAACAAAUCACCUACAUAACAUUUCCUCAAGAUAGUGUUAUCAAAACUUGGUAUUUAUUUACUCAAGAAAGUAUAGCAACAACAUAUCAAAGUCUUCAUCUCAUUAUGUAAGGUUCACUACAUAAAUUCUACCCCGCUAGUCAUUCUUUUUAUAGCUUUACUAGUCAUUCUAUUUAUAUGCAGUGGCAGUGGCUGGGAAGCCUCUUUGCCCUUUUUA